AUGACAUCACAAGUUGGUCGUGUGAUUCACGACCAAAACCUUAAUGCUCAAUCUAAUGGUGCUUCUGUUGUGGGAAAGACUGAUACAGUUAAAACACAAAGAAAAGGAGGCCUUGGUGGAAAGAAAUCGCUUGGUGAUUUGUCCAAUUCCGGGAAGCCUGCAUUCAAUCAGGUAUCGAAAAAGCAGCAUUCCAAGAAUUUUGCCACAGGAGCUUCUAUUGUGGGAAAGGGAGAUGUUUUAAAAACACAAAUGAGAGGGCUUGGUGGAAGGAAACCGCUUGGUGACAUAUCGAAUUCGGGGAAGCCUAUUCUUUCCCAGGCAUCAAAAAAGCAGCCUUCCAAGAAUUUUCCUGUCGUUGAGGAAGUGACCAGCCUUCCUAAAAUCGUUCAUGAUGCAAGCACUAGGAAAGGUGUUUUUAAAGCCUCAGAGAAAGUGCAGACCCAUAGUAGGAAUACACUAUCUCACAUUUCAAACUCAGUGAAACCAAAUCUGCAGAAGAACCACAGCAUGAAGCUAAAGGUUAUGGCAGAAGAACCUCUUUGUCCUAGUGCUAUUGCAGAGGAGGGGUUCUUACACAAUCAUCAAGAAUGCAUCAAAGCACAGAACAAGGCCAUGGACUUGGAUCAACUUCUGAUGAAUUUCAGUGAACUUAAGCUGGAGAGUCCCUUAAGGUGCAAAAAGUUGGAAGAGAUGUCUGAAAAUCUUGACCCUCCACCUCCUGUAUUUGAAUCACCAAAAUACUACACUGCAUAUGAGGAUUUUGAUGAGCUCUCUGACAAGUUUGACUAUCCACCAAUUGACUAUACUGAUUUCCCUUGGAUUUCAGAGGACUGUGAUUUCAAGUUGAUGUCUCCAAAUCACUGA